AUGUUCAAUUUGGUCAGUAGAGUUCAAUCUGCGGGGAACCAGGCGUUGACAUCGGCUACUAUUCUAGUAGGACUCGUCAUACUAGCAACGCUUCUUCAACUCGUCAAAGACGAUGUUUGGAACAUUGCAACCACGUCCAUAUCGAAUGUUGAGCCUAAAUCGUCGAUAAAGUAUUCUUUCCAAUACGGCUCGGUCAAUCGUAAGCCCAAGGAGAACUCCAAAAUCACGUUUGAUUUGAAAACCGACUUGGGUGAUUUGUUCAAUUGGAACACAAAACAAGUGUUUGUUUAUUUGACAGCCGAGUAUCCUGGCAAGUCUGACGGCAGUUUGAACAAGGUGACAUUUUGGGAUAAAAUCAUCAAGGAUAGGAAGGAUUCCAAGUUGGAUUUGGUGGGUCAAAGAGGGAAAUACUCGGUUUGGGACGUGGAAAAGGGGUUCAGAGGAAGAAAUGCCACCGUGAAACUAGAAUGGAAUAUCCAGCCUCAUAUUGGCCCACUUAUAUACGGUGAAACGCAAGGAAGUGGUUUCUUUGAGUUUCCAACUAUAGAUGGAAAAUAG